UAAUGAUUGAAGCACCAAAUGAUAAAUUUCCUUAAAGAAGAUUUGUAAUCUAAACUCCUCUUGGAGAAGGAUCCUAAGGUAAGGUUUAUUUAGUCAAAGCAAUAAAUUGGGGAAUAAAUGAUCAAAAAUAAUAUGCCAUAAAAUAAUAAAUAAAUAUUAAUGAAAAUGAAUAAGCAACCAUAAAUAAUAUAAUCAAUUACUAAAAAGAAUAGUCCAAUCCACCAUCCUAAAUUAUAAAGACAUAUGAAAUAUUUAUAUAAAAUAAUAAGGUAUUUAUAGUAAUGGAAACUGGGGAAAUGGAUCUAUAUAAAUAUCUAUCAUCAAAAUAGCAAAUUAAUUUAGAAGAAAAAAUUAGAAUUAUGAAAUAAGUAUUGAAGCAUAAGAUUUAUUUAGCUAUCAUUAUCGAUUUAGUUUUUUCAUGAAAACUUAAAAUUAGUUCACAGAGAUAUUAAACCUGAAAACUUUAUUAAAGUAGGAAAUGAGUUCAAACUAAUUGAUUUUGGGUUAGCUAAAAAGCCUUAAGAUCGAUUUAUGACAUAAAAUGUAGGAACACCAUUUUUUUAAGCACCAGAAUAGAUUUAAGGCCAAAACAAUUACACUUUUUCUGUAGAUAUAUGGUCACUAGGCUGUGUAUUUUUUGAAAUUUUAAAAGGGUAAACUUUAUUUAAUGGUAUUUUUUGUAAUUUAAUUUAGCAAAUAACAUCUAGCAAGUCUAAAACCUUGUGUUAAAUUACCAUUAAAAAUAUUUGGAGGUACAAUUAAAUUAGAAUGAUAUACCUUAAAAUUUAAAGAGUCUUUUAAUAUAAAUGAUUUAACAUAAUCCUAAAGAUAGAUUAACAAUUCAAGAAGUAGUAGGUAAACUAAAUUAAAUGUAAACAGAAUACUUUAAUAAUGUAAUUAAUAAUUAGAAUUAAAAUAAGAAUUUGAUAUUUUAUAACAAUUAAUAAUAAAAAAUGUAAGUAAAUCAAUAAUUUUAAUAGUAAAUAAACUUUGCUUAAAUAAAUCCUAUAAAUUAAUAAAUGUAAUUUAAUCCAUAAAUUUAAUUAUAAAUAUAAUAAUAAUUAAAAGAUUAAGAAUAAAAAUAAUUAGAAUAAAAUAAUUUACUUUAAUAAAUGUUAUCUAUAUUAGAAAAAUAAAACUUUUAAGAAUAAUUAAAAUAUUUAUAAGAUCAAUAAGAUAAAUAUUAAUAAAAUAUAUCUGAAUAAAUUUAAUUAUUUUAAAUUUAAAUUGAAAAUACAUUAAAUAAUUAAAAAAAUGAAAAUAAUUAAUAAAUUUAGAUUUAAAAUAAUAAAAAUGAAAAUAUUUUUAAUAUAAUUUAAUAAUAAAAAUAAAAUAUAUCUGAUUUAGAAAUUAAAAAAUUAGAAUAAGACAAUUUAAUAUCAAAAUAACAAUAAAUUAUUAAUGAUUUCAAAAUUAAAAUAGAAGUUUAAAAUACAUAAAUAAAUAAGUUUAAAUAAAAUGAAAUAUAAUAAUAAUAAUAAUCAUAAUAAUUAUAAAAUGAUAUAUAAAUUAAAUAAUAAUUAAUUGAAUAAUAAGAAAAGAAUUAUAAGAAAUUAUAAGAAGAGUUAAUAUAAUUAAAUUAAUAUAUUAUUUUAUAUAAAUCUUAAGAAAAUGUAUUAUAAAUGACUAUUUAAUAAAAUGAAAAGAGAAUUUAAGAAUAAUAAGAUUUUAUUUAAAAUUAAAAGAUUUAAUAAUAAUAAUUUAAUUAAAAUAUUUUAGAUAAAUUAUAAUAGAUUUAAAUAGAUUCAAAAGAAAUAAAUAAAUUAGACAUUUAAAUUAAUUAAAUUUAUGAUUAAUUAUAAAAAUAAUAAAAUCAAUUAGAAAAUCAAAUAAAAAAUAUUGAAUAAUUCAAAAUAUAAAUUUAAAUGUAAAAAGAAACUGAAAAAUAAGUAUUUGAAAAAGUUUAAUAAGUUAAAGAUAAAGAUAAAUAUGAAUAAUCUAUUUCUUAAUAUAAAAAAUAAAUAGAUGAAUUAAAUCAAGUAAUUUAAUAAUAACAAGAGAUUAUGUUAAAAUAUGAAUAUUAUUAUGUUCCUCAUACUAACUCUAAUAAUAAGAUCUUAGAAAAUAUUAAAAAUGAUAUUUUGUUUCUUAUAGAAAAAGUAAAAAAUAAAUAAUUUAUUGCACAUAGUUAUUUAGAUUCAACCAUUUCCGCAUUACCUUAACAAAUAAAAAAAACUGUAAAUGGUUUGAUUGAUUUAUUUAUUAACGAUAUCAAUAACAUGAUAAAUUUUGGGUAUGAAGUGAGAAAUUAGAUUAAAAAUUUAAUUGAUUAAUCAAAAUUAUACAAUGUGAAGUAUGAUACUAUUUUUUAGGUAGAAUUAGAUAACUUAAAAAAUUUUUAUUCAAUAUUAGAAAAUACUUAAAAUUAGUUUAUUUAAUCAAGAAAAAGUGAUAUUCGAAGAUUAUCUUGA